AUGGCUGCAAUGGAUCUUCUUCCUUCAAUGCCUUUCAUCUCUUUCUGUUUUAAUUUCUUCCUUCUUUCGUGUUUUUAUCCUAACCAAAUUUUCGGCAAUGCAGAAAAGAUAGGAAAUGAAAAUAAUAAAAUUAGAGGAAUGUUUGUGUUUGGAAGUUCUUUAGUUGACAAUGGAAACAACAACUUUCUGCAGAACAAGGCUAAAGCUAAUUACUUGCCUUAUGGCAUAGAUUUUCCGCUUGGUCCUUCUGGGAGGUUCACUAAUGGCAAAAAUAUCAUCGAUCUUCUCGGAGACCAUCUUAACUUGCCAACAUUUAUUCCAGUUUUCGGUGAUCCGUCUACCAAGGGAAAUCAGACAGUUCUUGGCGUUAACUUUGCAUCCGGUGGCUCUGGAAUCCUUGAAGAUACAGGCUCCAUGGCGGGAGAAGUAAUGAGUUUAAGCAAGCAGAUCAAGAAAUUUGAAGAAGUAACAUUGCCCGAGUUGGAGAAUCAGCUCAAGAGCAGCAGCAAUGAGUCGUUAUCCAAGUACUUGUUUGUGAUUGGAGCCGGAGGAAACGACUACACUCUGAAUUAUUUCUUGAAUUUUCCAAAAGUUAAUCUCACUGUCCGAGCAUUCACCGCGAAUCUAACAAGUGGUCUCUUUACUCAACUGAAGAAGCUGUACAGUUUGGGGGCACGGAAGUUUGUACUCAUGUCUUUAUAUCCGCUGGGCUGCAGCCCCGGAACCAUAUCUGCGUCUCCACGACCUCAGAGCAUGGGUUGCAACAAGUUCCUUAAUCUAGCUGCUUAUAUGUUUAAUACCAACUUAAGAUUAUUAAUUAAUGACUGUAAGACAGAAAUGCCUGGUUCUGACCUUGUUAUUGUCAAUGCAUACAAUAUUGUUCGAGAUAUAAUCAGGAAUCCUGCUUUAGAAGGUUUUACUGACACGAGACAGCCUUGCUGCCAAGUGCUAUCAUUAAAAGAAGGGGGGAAUGGAAUUUCGUGCAAGACAGGAGGAUCAACAUGUGAAGAUCGGAGCAAGCAUGUGUAUUUUGAUGGUAUGCAUCCAUCAGAAGCUGCGAAUGUUGCAUUAGUUACAGAGGGAUUUAGUUCUCAGUUGGUCAGUUAUGUCUAUCCCUUCAAUAUCGGGGAACUAGUUCAGAUUUAGGAGUUUCCCAAAUUUGCUUCAAACUUGAUGGUAUGCUAUACUAAAGAUAAAAUUAUUGUAUGUAAUUGUGAAUAAUGUCAUUUUGGAGGUACCAUUAGGAACGAAUUCUUACAUAUCAGUUUACAAAGCUUAGCGCAAAUGUCAGAGGUUUAGAGAAGUAGAAGUCUGAAGCAUUGAUUAAACAAAGCCAGGACUAAAACCAAUGAUCAUCACCAUCGCUAAAGACCCGAGGAUACCACCCCCGCCAAUGACCACCAGCAUUGACAGCCACCUACAACCUCCACAACCCUCGUCGGAAGAAAGGCCAUCAAAGCCGGAAACACACCAUUCCGACACCAUCUCAAUACCUUCUUAUGUGUAUACAUAAAUAAUAACUUUGUUAUUCGUUCCUUUCCGGAUCCAAACCAAGCACCGUAAACAAUUCAACAUCAUUCAUUUC